AUGUCGGGAUUUGGAAAGUGGUACGAAGAACAGCAAGCGGGCGAAAAUGGAACGUCCUCCAGCGGUAGCUCGUGGUUGAUGAACAUGGAGGAGGGACUUCCCUUGAAUUUUGAAAGCAUUGAUAUCCAAGCCAAUCUACAAGGUUUCAGUUUCGAAAAUAUGAAACAGAGUAUGGAAGCGCAAAUGCCCAAAAAGAUUUUAGGAAUGGGAUAUCAACAACGAUUUCAGGUGUUUUGUGCAUUGCUCUUUUUAUCGGCACUCUUCUUUGCACUUGCCUUUUUCGUGGGUGUCCCCAUGAUGGCCGUCAAGCCACAAAAAUUUGCCUUGUCGUUUACUUGUGGAUCAUUAAUGUUUAUGGGUAGCUUUGGAAUUCUAAAGGGUCCAAUGGAACAUUUGAAGAGUAUGUGUACAGCGGACCGCAUGUUCUUCACUACGAUUUACCUUGGCAGUAUGAUGGCAACUCUGUACUUGACAUUUACCAAAGGCGGAGCUCGUGGCUAUGUUUUAGUCAUGUCAGCAUCUGCAGUACAGCUGAUGGCACUAUUGUGGUAUCUCAUUAGUUUCUUGCCUGGAGGAUCUGCUGGGCUAUCAAUUGUGGCCAAGAUUAUUUGUACCAUGCUCCAACCGAUAUUGAAGGGCUGUGUAAUAAUGCAAGCAAAGCUUAUGGGAGUGUGCGUUCGUUAUUGCUGUAGAAGAAGCUAA